AUGGUUCGGCCGUCGCCUGUGCCUCGCCGCCACGGCAGGUGGACCCCACAGCCCAAUCAACAUUUGCGCCCAGCGACGACUACGACGACGACGACGACUUGUUCCCCGAGACACUUUGGACUGACACCACUAUCAACAGAUUUCCGCAAGGAUUGGCAGCGCCGGGUCCGGACGCACUUCGACCAGGCCGGCAAGAAGCACAGCCGCCGUGUCGCCCGUCAGGCCAAGGCUGCUAAGGUCGCUCCCCGUCCCACCGACCUGCUCCGCCCGAUCGUGAGAUGCCCUUCGAUCCGCUACAACCGCAAGGUCCGUGCCGGCCGCGGUUUCACCCUCGACGAGCUUAAGGCCGCUGGUAUCCCCCGCCUUUACGCUCCCACCAUCGGUAUCUCCGUCGAUGGCCGCCGCAAGAACCUGAGCGAGGAGUCCCUUGCCGCCAACGUCGCCCGCCUCAAGGCCUACAAGGAGCGCCUCGUCGUCUUCCCCCGCCGCUCCAACAAGGUCAAGCAGGGCGACUCCAAGGUCGACCUCGCCAGCACCGAGACCGUCCAGAACCUCGCCAACGCCCUCCCCAUCGCCAAGGCCGCCUCUGGCUUCUCCGAGAUCUCCAAGUCCGACGUCCCCAAGCCCAUCGAGGGUGGUGCCUACCGCAAGCUCCGCCUGGCGAGAAGCGAGGCUCGUCUCCUGGGCAAGCGCGAGAAGCGUGCCCGCGACGCGGCCGAGGCCGAGGCUGCCAAGAAAUAA